AUUGUUGGAGAUGCAGGCAUCUUGUCAAUGGGCAAAUCAAUGCUGGUAUUACUGGCAGGAGCAAACACUGAAUCUAUCGGCGAUUUGCUGGAAAGAAUUUUCACGAUGCUGUGCAAGUAUACGAUUGUUGAAAUUGUUUUGAAGCAUACAGUUCAUGUUUUGAAUGCCUGGAAAUCAUUGGAGGGUUGGAUUGAUAGCAUUUUUAAUUUGAAGCAGGUAAUCAUUUUAGCAUUCAAAGCGCAAAUAAUGCAGUUGCGUAUAAUACAAAGCGUUAAUUAG